UUCUUUAACUGUUCUGUUUUCAUCCCCUUCAGUUACGAGGUGUGCUGCAAAUCUUGAUUGGCUUCUACCUUUCUAGUAUAAGGUAGAGGCUUAGGGCCAGCGACGCUUAAAGCACUAAGUAAAACAGCCGGCUCGUUUUCCCUCUUUAGGUGUAAGUACUCCUUCAUGCAAUAUCCCUGGUCUGUGACGAGUGACGAGAGAUGAGCCAUCAGAGUGAUGAAGUCGCGUGUUUCUAUCUGUCCAGACUUCCUGUUGUUUUUUCUCUCCUGGUGCUUCUCAACUUGCAUUUACGUUGUUUUGUUAUUCUACAACUUCCUUCAUCAUGAUAUUUCUGUGCAGGAUCAAGACGAACAUACUUUGCGCCACGAAUCCCUCUGUAGAAGUUUUUUGAAACCUUGUUUGUUACCAGCCUCGUAGGUUUCCUUCUAUUCGCCAUGCCUUUGCUCGGCUCCCACCUUCCAUGAAGUAGAGGUACACGUAAGUACUUAUUUUUGCUCGUUUUACUUCGUUCUCAAGAAUGUGCAUCAUCUCAGCAUCAUAUACAACUACAUAAGGAUCAACAUAUACAGUUCUCCGCAUUUGGUACUUAUUUAUGAAUUAGGAUAACCGUGUUGCGUGAUCAUGGGUGACUCGGUGAUAGAUUUAGACUUAGAGGGCACAAAUAGGCCCAAGAAUAAACAGUCAUCGACUUCUACGAAUGCUCGCAAGUCUCGUACUACGAAUAAAAAGUCUAGUAAAAAGGAGGUUGGGAAGGAUGACGUAGGAGCUGGAACGACAAGACCUACCAGUCCAGCUCCGAAAAAGCCAACUGCUUUAGCCAAGAAAUUCGGUCCUGGACCGAAAGCUCUCCCUACGGCAAGAAAAGUACUGCCACCUGCUGUUACUGAAACUAGAGCAACAAGCGAUGGAAAUGGAACUACAAGCGAUGAUGACGACGAUGAUGAAACGUUGGUGGAUAUCUUACAAGGAGUGUCGACCCAAAAAAAGGAGGAGAAUAAUAGGGAUAUUACCGCUAAUAUUAGGAAAGAGAAGCUUCGCACAGCUAUGGCAGAAGCACUAGAGGAUGCUCAAGACCAGGAUGAGAUCAAGAGCAAAGCUAAAGAUGCAGCGGGUCAAGGAGGAGGAGCGCCGUCUUUCAAGCCACCAGCAAGAGCAAAAGCACUGCCAAAACGACUAACUGAGGAUAAGGAUGGAGGCACAUCUAAGGCUGAACAACAACAUUCAUCAUCAGACCUGAAUAUUCGGCCAAGCGCUCAUCCCGCAGCCCCAAUGCCACCUAAAAAUCGUCCCGUUCGACCAGACAACAUCAAGAAUACUUCUAUAGGAAUGCUGCCGCCGGCCUCGGCAUCAGCGAAACCUUCAUCUGCAGCUGACAAUUAUGUUAAUACAAAGCCUAAGCCAAGUGCCGCACAACAAGACCAAGAGGAUGAUAACCUUUUUGGAUCUGACUCCGAUUCAGCUCAGGAAGAUGUUGAACAGCAGCAAGUAGAUCGUUCUGGAGGACCUUCCCCGAAAGGCGCAAUCAAGCCAUACGCCAGCAUUAAAAAUGUCAACAACAAUAACAAUCUGGACCGCGCGAAAGUCGACCUUCAACUCUUUCGUCGUACCGUUCAACAAAUGGCGCCACCUGCAAGUGUCGAGAAUCAAUCUUCUUCGUUGCUGUUUGGAGACACUCCUCACGAACGGGAGUUUAACGAGAUCUUUGAUCGGGCCCAAGAAGCACAUAAAUCGGCGCUGAGGAGGAAAAAGCAAAUGCUGGAGGACUGGAAUAAAGCGCAACAGCAGACGCCGUUGUUGGACCUGUUACAGAUGGAGGCGAUGUUUGAACCUUCACCCGACGAACUCCCUAAACGUGGCCAAGUAGAAACUACCGAAAUUCAGCAUGCGAAAUUGACGUAUACAAAAUCAAAGUUUUUUGGCUUAGUGAAGAAGGAAAAGGCAACACAGAACGAGCAUUUUGCAUUGGCGGCAAAGGGAAUUCCGAUAUUGCGUAGUGCGCAGAAUCGGCCUUUGUGUGGAGACUUGCCUGGAUUCUUCAUGAAUGAGUGCGACUUGCGAAACACUAGAACGGCUAGAAGUGAAGAUGGCAUAGGCACGACGUCUGGUGGCAGCUCUCCUUCCAGACCUGCCUCCGCUAUUCGGUCUUCAUCUGAAGACAACUUAGAACAAGAAGUGAACAAAUACAACAGUUUUCUACCUCGAGUCGAUGACUUCUCAGCGACGCGAGGUCUCGAUCGCAAUGCGACAAGGAGAUACGCGUACGAAUUGAUCGGUAAUUGCGUGAAAGUGGUAAAGGUACGGCAACGCGGAGAGACGCAUAAGCGGUUGAUGCAAUUUGGAGAAUCCGGGUUCAGUUUUUUGCGUGUAAAAAAGGACGACGCAGAAGACGAUGAGAAUCAGACAGUGCCUUAUUCGCGAGUAGCCGAGGUCUACCUGCUUCCUGAGGGCGAAAAGAACGGCGCAGAAGGAGCAAGGAUCGUCGCAAAAAGAUGCAUCUAUAUUAAGGCUAAGUACAAUAAAUGCAUCUUCACAGGAGGCAUCCUGAGACCGUUUUUCAAGAGGAAAGCAGGCCCAAGAUGCUGCUGAAGAUGGAUUUCUCCUACAGUUCUAACUCUAUUUCUAUCUAUGAACAAGAUGGACAACAGGAGGAUGCUGGUGCUGCGGGAGGUAAUGUGAAUGCCACAAGAACUGGCUUAUCUUUAUUAAAUCGUAGUUCUGCCUCUUCAUCGAGUGGAUUGGAACGUGGCUCUGGAGGUUCCGCAUCUGCAUCGGCUUCCUCCUCUACUAACGGAGGAGGAGCAGGUCCUUCCACCUCUCCAGACGUGAAUCAAAAUCUGGGUGUAGGCGUUUUCCUCUGCUUCAACUCCUUAAGGGAUUGCGAAGUCGUUGUUUCCGCUUUAGCCUGGAUGGUCAAGGAUGGCGGCGUCAAACUACCAGCGUCUGGCUUGACUAGGGAAACGAUCAAGGGAGAAAGUUUGAAACGCGAACGACCAAGAAAACUUCUCGCACAAGGGUUUGCCAGGAAAUUGUAUGCGGAUAUGACCCAUUAUUGCGGAGAAGUACAAGUGUUGAGUAGUUCUAGCACGUCGUCGAACGCUGUGGCUUCAGCUUCUGGAUGUAGUAGCGCUUCAGCUUCUGGAGCCGAGCCAUCUGGAACACCUCCAUCUUCCCCAGACAAUACCGUCAACUACAUAGGCACUACCACUUUGAGUAAGCGUCAUGGUCGUGGCGUCAUGUACAGUGAGAGUUGCGUAAGUACGGGGUAUUGGCUAAAUGAUGCACAGAGUGGACCUGGAACCGAACUCCAUCUGGACGGCACCUCUUUCACCGGCAUGUAUUCUCGAGACUUGCGAAAUGGAUACGGCAUGAUGUGUUGGGAAGGCGGUGCGGAGUACCAAGGCUGCUUUGUCGACGGCAAGGCGCAUGGGGCUGGGGUUUUAUUGCGGAGUGACAAAAGCUACUAUGUUGGGCAAUUUGAACAGGAUCGCAUGCACGGUCAGGGGGAGAUGAUUUGGGCAGACGGAACCAAAUAUGUGGGUCAAUAUGCGCACAACAAACGCCAUGGAGUCGGGAUUAUGGCUUGGGCGAAUGAAAGCAAUAGCAAUCAUGGACGAGAAGGAGGUUUAUUGUCUUCACAAGGAGGCAAUAAAGAUGAAGAAGAUGAAGAUGAGCCGAAGUGGUCUCGCUACUAUGGGGAGUGGGUGAACGGCAAACAGGAAGGUUUGGGAGUGCUCCUGUUGAAAGAUGGAACGAAGUGUCCAGGACUAUUUCAUGAUGGACAAUUGACAGAAUGGUUGGAUGUGUGAAGAUCGGGAUUUCCUUGAAAAAGGCACUCUUUACACCUUGAUUCUUUUACUAGUCCUCCUAAUCAAUAGUAAUUUCUGUGACUUAAUAUCUUCCUGCUGCUCCAUAAGGAUUGACAGACUAUUUCGGUAUCGCCGAUGGCAAACGAAGUUUGAGUUUUUAUUGUCAAAGAUGACCUGAAAGUCGGAGUCAACCAACGCUACAAGUAGAUCAGGGCCAAUGAAGAAUACGCAGGAAACACUGGUGAGAAACGGAAGACGGAGCAAUACAAGGCUUUUCAUUGAUUAGGGG